AUGAGAGGAUCCGCACUACUUGAUUUGAUUAUAUUCCUUCUUGUAUCUCCAUUAGCGCAAAGUCUCAAGGGAUCUGAAAUCUCCAAAUUCUCUGAGAAACCUGUUUCCAAUCAAAUCUCCCAACCCGUUCGAGAAUCUAGUUAUGUGUUGGUUUCUACGAUUGAUGGAACGAUAUCACUGGUUGAUACGUCCUCGAAAAUGAUGAACUGGACAUUCCAUACCAAAGAGCCCAUAUACUCAUCAUACAAGGCUCCUCAUUAUCAUUAUACCGAGGGUGAGGAAAGUGCCCCUUUGAUUGGUGAUGACUUUUACAUGGAUUGUGAUAAGGAUUGGAAUCUUUACAAUACCUCUAUGCAACAAGGAAAACUCAUAAAUCAGAUAGUGAAUGCUUCGGAGUUUUUUCGAGAAUUGCCCUACUCAUUGGCGGAUAGGAUUGUUUUGGGUAAAAUAGACACAUCUGUAUUUCACUUGGAUUGGAAGACUGGAAAAUUGCUUAAGAGGUACAGACUGGACGACCUCUAUACUAAUUCAGUCGUUCCAGAUGCUAAAGAAAAGGCUAUUGUUUUGUCUAAAAAAGCUCCGAUACUAUUGGGAUCCGAGUUUAAGGAAUCAGAAGAUCUUCCUGAGCUGGUUCAAAUUCAGAGAAAAGAUUUUAAAGUCCAAUGUAUAUCAAAGUUUGGAAAAGUUUUAUGGAGUGUUUCUUAUUCUGAGAUGGAAGCUAAACUACAGCAUCAUGAGAGUGUACAACUCAUGGGUCCAACAGCUGGUAUUCCAAUUACUGGAGACGAAAAAAAUUUCCAGCUAUCCUAUACGAGAAGUGCUCCUGUUAUCCGAUUACAUAAUUAUUUUGAGAAGCUGUUUCCGAGACUUGGUUUUAUAGAUGGAGCUUUGUAUCUUCCGUUUCAAGAUAGAAAACCAAAUCAGUUGGCUCCUGGAAAUGGGAAUCCUUUGGCACUUCCGAGCAGCAAGGAGUCUGAAGAAAUCCUCUCCCUUCCUCUGCCUGAGACAGUAAUACCUCAGAUCACAGAUAUUAUUGAUGGAAGCACUACACAAAUAGGCUUCGGUAGCAGAUUUUCUGGUUUGAUUUUCCUAAUAUUCGGCGUUUGUGUUAGUAUACUUUAUGUUUGUGGCCUUCUCUUUCGCCAGUUAAGACAAAGCAUGCGGAUCAAGGAACCUUAUGUAUCUGAAGUGCCAAUAGUGACAUCCAAGAAGAAGAGGUCUAAGAAAAAUGGGACUGUAAAGGCGAGUCACAAGAAGGAGAACGAGUAUGUAUCUGGAGGGAGCAAAGAUCCCUCUUUUGAAGAGAACGAGAAGAAAUUACUUAUGACUUUUCCUGGCCUUGAUAAUAGUCCAGUAGAAGGAUAUAGGGUUGGCAAACUGUUUGUCUCCAACAAGGAGAUUGCUAAAGGGAGCAAUGGAACUGUUGUGCUUGAGGGAUCCUAUGAAGGUCGUCUUGUAGCGGUUAAGCGUCUAGUACAAACACAUCAUGAUGUGGCUCAGAAGGAGAUUUUGAAUCUCAUGGCCUCAGACAAACACCCAAAUAUUGUCCGCUGGUACGGGGUUGACCAAGAUGAACACUUUAUCUAUAUUUCAUUGGAACGGUGUGCUUGUAGCUUAAACGAUCUCAUCUAUGCAUCCGCUGGACUGCUUGAGAGUCCAAUGGCUUCAAGUAGUAUACAGUUAAUUCAGGUAAAGCCAAUCCUUGAGAAUGGCAAGGGAGUUGAGCUAUGGAAGGAAAACGGACAUCCUUCUCCUGUUUUGUUGAAGUUGAUGAGGGAUAUAGUUGCUGGUAUAGUUCAUUUGCACGAUAUUGGAAUCGUACAUCGAGAUCUAAAGCCUCAAAAUGUGUUGAUUGUUAAGAGCUCAUCUGUAUGUGCAAAGCUAUCAGAUAUGGGUAUUAGCAAGCGGUUGCCAGCCGACACAAGUGCCUUAACUAGAAACUCAACUGGUUCUGGAAGUUCUGGGUGGCAAGCACCUGAGCAACUCCGCAAUGAACGACAAACAAGAGCAGUAGAUCUCUUCAGUUUAGGAUGUGUACUCUUUUUCUGUAUGACUGCAGGAAAAAAUCCUUACGGAGACAAUUUUGAGAGGGACAUAAACAUUUUGAAUGAUCGAAAAGAUCUUUUCUUGAUCGAGAGUCUUCNAGAAGCUGUUCAUCUUCUCUCUGGUCUCCUGAACCCGGAUCCUGACUUGAGACCGACAGCACAAGAAGUUCUGCAUCAUCCAUUGUUCUGGAACUCUGACAUGAGACUGUCUUUCCUCCGGGAUGCAAGUGAUAGGGUCGAAUUGGAAAACCGAGAAGAAGGGUCACAGCUCUUGGCUGCACUUGAAAGCACAGCAGCGGUUACAUUAAACGGCCGGUGGGAUGAGAAGUUGGAUAGCAUAUUCUUAGACAAUAUCGGGCGUUACAGGCGGUACAAGUUUGACAGCAUCCGCGAUUUACUACGGGUAAUAAGAAACAAAUUGAAUCAUUAUAGGGAGCUUCCUAGAGAAUUACAAGAACUACUUGGGACUGUACCUGAAGGGUUUGAUAGGUACUUUUCAAGCAGGUUCCCAAAGCUGUUGAUUCAGGUCUAUACAGUUUUAUAUAAUUACUGUAACAAUGAAGAGUUCUUUUUCAAGUAUUCUAAGACCACUGUAUUUUAG